GUAUGAUUUAAAGGAUACUACAAAACUGACAUUACAAGAUAUUGAUUUAAUUGGAGCAAUGGGGCCACCAGGAGGUGGACGUAAUGAUGUGACACUACGUUUUAUGCGGCAUUUUCAUGUGAUCAGUAUGACAGCAUUCAAUGACGAAACUAUGACAAGAAUAUUCUCAACACUGAUGAAUAUUUACAUACGU